AUGGUUGGCCUCGUUUCAGCUGCGGGUUUAGUGGGAUUCCUUUCUGAACCCGACACCGAGCUUAAAGUGUUCGCCCUGAAGGCCCUUGACGCCCAAGUCGAUCUGCUAUGGUCUGAGAUUGCCGGAUCCGUUGGACAGAUAGAAGCCCUGAGCGAAGAUGAAUCAUUUCCAGAACGCGAACUUGCUUCCCUCGUUGCCGCCAAGGUGUACUACCACCUACAAGAAUAUGGCGAGAGUAUGGUUUUUGCUCUAGGAGCUGGUAAUCGGUUCGAUAUCGAGACCGGUGGUGAAUUUGAGGAAACUAUCAUCUCAAAAUGCGUGGAUACCUUUAUUUCGACAUGCUCGAUGUUGAAGGCUUCACAAGCCGCAGGACGUGGCGGAGCUCCUCAACUUAACACCUCGUUCCCACGGAACGACGGAGGUGUCUCGAGUACAUCUGCUGGCCUAAGCUCGCCCAUCACCCCAUUUUCGCAGUCCGCCCUGCCCUCAAAGUCCCUCCUGUCCCGUCCCGAAUCGUCGGCAGAAGCAAGUUACCCUGUCGGCGAAGAUGUUGGCGCAGAUGGGGAUGAGGUGCCCUUGAUACUUCAACGCGGAAUCCAAAGGCAGCUGCAAAAUGUCAUUGAACGACUAUUUGAGCGGUGUUUCGAGCAACAGAGGUAUCGUCAGGUGAUUGGCAUUGCUGUCGAAGCCAAGAGCCUCGAUAUCUUGCGAGCUGCUAUUCUCCGAGCUGCUCACGAUGAAAAGGAGCAAGGCGUCGAAUCCUCCAAGCGCGGAGAGGAGUUGAUGGAGUAUGUCUUGGGCAUUUGUAUGAACGUCGUCCAAGAGCGGGCGUUCAGAAACGAGAUCCUGAAGCUUAUCCUCGAGCUUCUAAACGAGAUCCCUUCACCUGACUACUUUUCUAUUGCGAAAUGCGUUGUCUACUUGAACGAGCAUUCGAUGGCGUCCGAUAUUUUGCAACGACUAGUUGAAAAGGGUGAUGCAAGGUCUCUUGCAGUGGCUUAUCAAAUCUCCUUUGAUCUUUACGAUAACAGCACCCAGGAGUUUCUGAAAAAGGUACGACAAGAACUGGCAGCAAUUGCGCCAGAAUCCGACGAGACGGAAUCCUCCGACAAGAUAGAACCAGAGCCAAAGGAAACCGAUAAACUUAUUGACGACAGCGAGGAGCAAGCCGCCCAAUCAAGGCCCGCUAACGGAGGCCGAAAAUUUACUGCUGAAGCACGAGCUUCGCUGAAAUCAACUCGAGGUAUCCUUGACGGCGCCAACUCCAUUCAACUCAACCUUGAGUUCCUGUACCGCAAUAACAAAGCCGACAUUACUAUCUUGGAUAAAAUCAAGGAUAGCUUGGAGGCGAGGAAUUCGAUAUUCCACACUGCAGUGACUUGCGCCAAUGCCUUCAUGCAUGCGGGAACUACACAUGACAAGUUCUUCCGUGACAACCUGGACUGGUUAGGCAAGGCUGUUAAUUGGUCGAAGUUUACUGCCACUGCCGCCCUCGGUGUCAUUCAUCGUGGCAACCUUACCCAGGGACAGAAGCUACUGGCACCAUAUCUUCCCAAGGAAUCUAUGGCGGGUGUUGGUAACCCUGGCUCUGUAUAUAGUCAAGGUGGCUCCCUGUACGCCUUUGGUUUGAUCUAUGCCAACCAUGAAGGCUGGGCGGUGGACCACAUUCGCGAACAUUUCAACAAGGCCACCGAAGAAGUUGUGCAACACGGUGGUGCGCUCGGUCUGGGAGUAGCAGCAAUGGGAACUGGCGAUGAAGGGAUUUAUGCGGAUCUGAACAAGGUCUUGAACGCAGAUUUGGCGCUGAAUGGCGAGGCAGUGGGUCUCGCUAUGGGUUUGGUCAUGUUGGGAUCCGGAAACAUGAAGGCACUCGAGGACAUGAUUCAGUAUGCACACCUAACGCAGCACGAAAAAAUUAUUCGUGGUCUUGCUAUGGGUAUGGCGUUGAUCAUGUACGGCCGCCAGGAAGCCGCGGAUGAACUUAUUAACGGACUUCUGGGUGAUCCUGAUCCUACACUACGAUACGGUGGAAUCAUGGCAAUUGCACUCGCCUACUGUGGAACCGGAAGCAACAAGGCCGUCCGCAAACUCCUUCACGUAGCUGUCAGUGACGUUAGCGACGAUGUCCGUCGUGCUGCCGUCAUGAGCUUGGGUUUCAUACUGUUCCGCAAACACCAGAGUGUUCCACGCAUGGUCGAACUCCUUUCAGAAUCCUAUAAUCCACACGUUCGAUACGGAGCCGCCAUGGCACUUGGUAUUUCCUGCGCUGGUACCGGCUUGGAUGAUGCUAUUGACCUUCUAGAGCCAAUGCUGAGGGACCCAAUGGAUUUCGUCCGCCAAGGUGCUUUGAUCGCCCUCUCCAUGGUGCUCGUUCAGCAGAAUGAAACGAUGAACCCAAAGGUUGGAACUAUUCGUAAGGCCAUGCAAAAGGUCAUUGCAGACCGGCACGAGGAUGCUAUGGCCAAGUUCGGCUGUGCUAUUGCCCUGGGAAUCAUCGACGCUGGAGGACGGAACUGCACCAUCAGCCUACAGACCCAAUCAGGCAACCUCAACAUGCCAGGCAUCGUAGGAAUGGCUGUGUUUACCCAGUACUGGUACUGGUUCCCAUUGACCCAUUUCCUAUCUCUCAGUUUUACGCCCACCGCCGUGAUUGGUGUUGACCAGAAGCUGGAAGUCCCCGACUUUAAGUUCCACAGCAACACCCGCCCAAGCCUCUUCGACUACCCUCCAGAGCAGCAGGUGAAGGCAGACGAGGCGCCAGAGAAGAUCAAAACUGCGGUUCUGUCUACCACUGCACAGGCCAAGCGACGUGCACAGAAAAGAGAGAAGCAACGAAGCGGAAGCAUUGAUAUAGAGCAGACCCCAACGACGCCAAAGACCACCGCCCAACAACUUCCCGACAAGAUGGACAUUGAUGAAACCGCACCAAAGGCCGACGACAAGGACACCGCCGCUACCGUUGAGCCCAAACGAAAGCCGGAGAAAGAGAAGGUCGGGUAUGAGGUGUCGAACUUGUCGCGCGUGCUCCCAGCUCAAGUGAAGUACAUCUCGUUCCCUGACCGGAGAUACGAGCCUGUCAAGAAGGCUACCGGUGGAGUUAUUGUUCUUCUCGACAAGACGCCUUCCGAGCCGCGUGAAAUCAUCGAAUUAAGCGCCAGCAAGGAAACCAAGCCUGCCGCUACCGCCAGUGGCCAACCCGAUGCCAUCCAGGGCCGUAUCAACGCGGCCCUCCAGGGAGCUGCACAGGCAGCCCGGGGUGCACCCACCACCCCUGUCCGACCAGGCGCUACGGCCGGAGCUGCUGCUGCUGCAGGUGUCCUUACAGCCGUCGAUGAGGACGAGGAAGGCGUCGAAGAGGCCCCUGUGCCCGAAGACUUUACAUAUGAAACUGACGGCGAGGACGAGGAGCUCUGA